AAUAAAAAAAAAUAAAUAAUAAUAAACAUAAAGUUGAUAUUUUUUUUAAUUAGCAAAGUUUUUUAAUAUGGUUAAAUUAAAAUUUAUAACUUUUUUAAUAAUAUAAAACUGAUUUGUUUGUAAAUUGAAAAAAAAAAAAUAAAUAAAAAACAAAACAAAAGGGAAUGGUGAAAAUAAAAAAUUGUUUACUUUUGAUAUUUUUUUUUUGUUUUGCAAGUAGAAAACAAUAACAAAAAAAGAUUUAUUAUUGUUGUUUUGAUGGCUCCGUUAAAAGAUUUAAUAUCCUGCAGUAUAAUUGAAAAAGACUGUAAUGGUGAUGUAUUAUGGACCUGGACAUUUCCAUCAGUAUCAGAAUUACAAAAAUCAAUUGUCACAAGAAAAUGUAAUUUUCAAACGACAAAUACUGGAACACAAUCAUUUCUUUGUGCAAGACACAUGGACAAUUGGUUUUACAUAAAUUCAAAUGAAGUUUUUGAAUCAGAUAAAUUACCCAGGGUUAAACAAUUUGCCUUGAUAUUAUUUACUCGAGAUUUUAAUCCUCAAAAAUAUGAAGUAUUUACUCGUGUUAUGAGUAAAAUGUAUUGUAAAACUGGUGAUCCAAGUGAAAUACUUAAACUUUAUUUAUCAGUUUAUACAAAUGGUACAUGUACAACACAAGAAAAUGGCACAUUUUUAUCUGAUGAUUUUAAUGGACAACGUCUUGUUGCUGACAGUAAUAUACGUGGUCUCAUAAAAGCAUUUGAACUUGAAACAAUUUUAAUAUAUACUGCAUUAUUAUUAAAAAAACGUAUUAUUGUUUAUCAUCAUAGCUUGGAAGAAUUAUUAAAAUGGAUAAAAACAUUUCCAGCAUUGAUGAAACACAGAAAAGUUACAGAUAAUCUUUUUCCUUGGAUUGAUCUUGUUAAAGAAGAAUUAGCUGAAUUAAAAGUAUAUUCAUAUUAUGUAGCUGGUUGUAGUGAUAGUUCAGUAUCAUCAAGACCAGAAUUAUAUGAUCUUCUUGUUAAUAUACCAGCUCGUGAAGUUACAGUUGCUCCACAUGCCAAGGAAAGUUUAACAAUGACUAAAACUCAUAAAGAAAUUGCACUAUUUAUGGUACAAUUAUGUGAAAAUAUAUCAUACAAUGAAACACAAAUAAUCAAUGAAAUUGGUGAUAAGACACAAGAUUUAUUAAAUCAACUUAAAAGUCUUGCUAAUGUUGAAGAUUGUGAUGGACGUAAAUUAAUUAAUCUUAGAAUAUUAAAAGAUAAAAAUUUAUCACAGGCUGUUGAAAAUUUUCUUAUAAAUCUUGCUGUUGCUGAAAAUCUUUUUGUCCUGUAAAUAAAAAUAUUAUUAAUAUAUUAUUAUAAUUACUAAGAGUAUUUAUUUUAAGAUUAUUUUAAAUUUUACUCUUUUUCUUUGGACUGCAUGAAGUUUUAAAUGACAUCAAAAGAAUUUACUUAUUUUUUUUUUUCAAUCUUUGAGUGAUGCUGGUACUGAAAUAGCUUUAUAUUUUCUUUUCUUUUUGUCGAUGAAAUUUUGCAUUUGGGUGGCUUUUUUUUUUUUGCAAUUCUUGUUAUUUUGUUGUUGAUAAAAUUUAUAAAAAACACAAUUAAAUCAAUGAGGUGACAGAUUUAUUAUUAUCAUUAAACAACAUUGUUAAAAAAAUUUUUUUUUUUUUCUAAUCAACUUACAGAAACAUGAUUCUUUUUUUUCGAUUUAUAAAAUAUAUUUACAACUAACAAUGGACACAAAUUUUUCAGUCUAAUAAAUAAUAAUUGAAUC